UAGUUCCAGUAACAGACUUACUUGGCUACAACUGCGAGAGCAGUAGAAACUUUCUCCGCAGAGAGAGAGAGACAGGCUGAGCAAGUUCUCCUCUAACAUUUUAUUUCCUUGCUAGCGCAGCCGCCCAACUCUUCUUGCAUGAAUCUCCUCAAUCCCUUCCUGAAAAUGACAGAAGAACACGAGAAAACUCUCUCCGACGUACCCAGCCCGACCAUGUCCGAGGAAUCGUCCGAUUCCCCGUGUGUAUCCGGGGCUGGCUCGGACGCUGAGAACGGCAAACCGGGCGAGAACAGCCCGGACGAGCUCCGCGCUCAGAGUCUGGAUUCCAAGAAAGACGAAGACGACAAGUUCCCGGCGUGUAUCCGGGAGGCGGUGACCCAGGUGCUGAAAGGAUACGACUGGACCCUGGUCCCCAUGCCUGUCCGCGUCAAUGGCUCGUCCAAAACCAAACCUCAUGUCAAAAGACCGAUGAACGCCUUCAUGGUGUGGGCUCAAGCGGCGCGGAGGAAACUCGCCGACCAGUACCCUCAUCUACACAACGCCGAACUCAGCAAAACCCUCGGCAAACUAUGGAGAUUGCUGAACGAGGGCGAAAAGCGUCCUUUCGUGGAGGAAGCCGAGCGCCUGAGAGUACAACAUAAAAAGGACCAUCCUGACUACAAGUACCAGCCGAGGCGGAGGAAGUCAGUGAAGAACGGGCAGGGAGAGAACGAGGAAGGAGCCGAGCAAACCCAUAUCACCCCCAACGCCUUGUUCAAAGCCCUGCAGGCGGACUCUCCACAUUCAGCCUCCAGCCUGAGCGACGUGCAUUCCCCCGGAGAGCACUCAGGGCAGUCUCAAGGACCACCAACACCUCCCACCACUCCCAAGACAGAAGUUCAGCCCGGUAAACCUGAUCUGAAGCGUGAAGGUCGCCCCCUUCAGGAAGGAGGGAGACAGCCUCACAUUGAUUUCAGCAAUGUGGACAUUGGAGAACUCAGCAGCGAAGUCAUGUCGAACAUAGAGACUUUCGAUGUCAAUGAGUUUGACCAGUACCUCCCACCAAACGGGCAUCCAGGAGUUCCAGUCACCCACAAUGGCCAUGCACAGAAUGCUCAGGCCACCUACACAGGCAGCUAUGGGAUUAGCAGCACUUCAGUCACCCAGGCUGCCCACCCUUGGUUGUCCAAGCAGCAUUCAAUGACCAGCCUCGCCAGUGAGCAGGGACAGCAGCAGAGGACACACAUCAAGACAGAGCAGCUGAGCCCCAGCCACUACAAUGAGCAGCAACAUUCUCCACAACAAAUCAACUACGGCUCCUUCAAUAUGCAACACUACAGUUCAUCUUAUCCAUCCAUUCCUCGCACCCAGUAUGAAUAUUCAGACCACCAGAGCACCAAUUCCUAUUAUAGCCACGCUGCAGGGCAGACCACAGGCCUGUACUCCACCUUCGCCUACAUGAGUCCAUCCCAACGCCCCAUGUACACACCCAUUGCCGACACCACAGGAGUCCCUUCCAUUCCCCAAACCCACAGUCCGCAGCACUGGGAGCAACCAGUCUACACACAGCUGACCAGACCUUAAUGACUUUCUGGUCUGAACUUGAAUACGUAAAGGAGAUUGAUGAGAAUCACAGAGAGGUGCUCUCUGCACUCAUAUGAACUGCUGUGAGAAGUGGCCGAAGUGUCCUACCACAAAGUGCUUUGCUGUGUCCAUUCAGUACCGGUGACUGAUUCUGUUUUUAAAUGUUCAAACAUCCAUGACUGACGAAUUAAAGCAAGUCAUUGAAUGAACAAAAUCUGAGCAGCCAAGUCAGCUGGUUUGGUCAUUUCCUGUGUUGGACUUAUUAUUUUGUAGUAUUGAAAUCCUCUGUGAGGAGAAUUUUCUUUAAUUUUUUUGAAUUUAGUAUGUACUGUGUAUGAGUCAUUGCCAUUUGCAGUGUGGGGAUUUAUACAUAUUUUAGAGAAUAAAAGCUCUUAUUUUGAAAGAUCAAAUGCCAAACCACUUUUGGUAGAAUACUUAACAGUUUGCAUUUGCUAUUGCCAUAAAACCUAUUUUUGUAUGAAAUAGUAUCUUUUUUCACUCUAUUUAGUGUCCUUUUUGAAGAAAAAAGUGUUUCUGUAAUUCUUGUUGGGAAAAAAAAGCAGAUUAAUGCCAGAAUGUAGUAAAAGGAAGGAAUAGGUGAAUGUUUGAUAUCAGUUUAAAGCAGGAUGGCAUUUUCUGUAACCUAUAGAGGUACUGAUCGUUUCACCAGGCUUACCCACACAAGGUGCCGUAUGUUGUCUUAUGAAAUGGAAUAGACGCUGAGGUGGGUUGAGUUUCUGAGCAUUUCUAUGCAGAAAACUGCAUCGUUCAAGCAUUAGGUGGUGAAUCUGCAGCUGACAUCCAGCUUCCUGCAUGAGAACUUGCGCAUUAAGGAAAACAGGAAGUGUUUUAACCCUCUGAGUACAGCAUAUGUGUUGCACACUGCGUGCAGCAAAGCAACUUCCAGAGCUUUGAAAGUCUAAAUUCCUGUCAAAUCCUCAUUGGUACUGCAAAAUGUUUCACCAGACAGCAUUACUAUCAGCAGUUAUUUCUUACAUGUGAGAAAGAGGAGCUUGUACCCCUUUUCUGGGCGUCCAUUGCUCUCUUAGUGCUCAGAGGGAAAGAGCUCUAAUUAUGAAUUCCCGAAAUAUUAUUUAUCUUGUAAAGUUUCUUAUUAAAGUAAUUUUCUUACAUCUUGUACUUAGUUCUUUUCUGUACAGUUGUGUGGAUGUUAAAAAAUAAACAACUAUAUUAAGCUAAUCAGACGUGUAAAAGACUGGAAGAUCAUUUUCAAAUGAAUAUGCAGAUUGCAAAUGUAGUUUACAGCAUUUGCUAAUUGCUUCAGCUACUACUUUUUGCUAACUAGAGAAAUGAAAAACUUUUUGUAACUUUUUUAUCUGACAUUUACAAAAACCUUUUAAAAGUUUUCUCUAUUUUCAUUAAGCUGUGGCAUGGUUGUACAGAUUGCUUUUUAAAAAAGACAACAGGCAUUCAAAAAUAUAUAUUUGUUAACAGUUUUAUUGGAAAAGUGUAAUAGGGAUUCAGUGGUACAGAAUUCAAUUACUCUGUAAUAUGGCUGAAACUCUUUAUUUCUGUAUAAAAGUUGGACAUUAAAGUAUUUCUGUAACUUAAAACUAUCAAAUCAGAUAUUUUGCCUUUAGGUGAGUUUGGAAAGAGCUGUCUUAAAUAAACUUACCUUUUGUAUAUUAUUGUUUGCAAUAAAUAAG